AUGGAAGCAGAAAAGAAAAACAAAUGGAGAUGUGACAAAUGUAUUAUUAAAGCAAAACAAGUGCCUAAACCAUCCAAUGGUUCAGAAACUGCUUCCUUAUUGUCAGAAAAUAACAAAAUUGAUACCAGCACCGUAAGUUAUGAAAACGUGACAACUCGUCAACGUAAUAAAAUUCGCGCAUCUUCGCUAGAACCGCAGGACAACACAUUUGAAAAGACCAUGGAAGACAACUCUUUGACUAUACUCGAAGACACGCGUAUGAGUCUCCCAGACCUUAACAUAGCUGAACACAAAGAACUACAUGAUGAAAUCAGCUUCUUAAAAACACAGCUAGCAAGUGCCCAUUUGGAAAUAGACAGAUUGAACUUACAGGUUACAGAUUUAAAAAAAAAGAAUAAACGACCAACAAAGAAAAAGUCAACUAUUAAAACAAUUGAUAAAGGAACCUGCACCACGUAA